UGAGGUGGGGGACACAUAUACACACAGAGGCAGGCCAGCGUUGCAGUUACUUUCCCUGCCUCUUGAUUCCUUGGGAAGCCGCUUUGCAGGCAAGAGGGGAAAGAACUUGGGCGAAGCAGAGACUUUUGCGUGUCUGAGCUGCCUUGCCUAAAAACCAGCUCGCCCGCCUAUCGUGCGUGCCAAGAGAUGGGGGUCUCCGGGCAGACCGCGUAGCAGCCCGGGGAGGAGAUGCUGCUCUCGCUUUUGCUCGGCUUCUCCCCUUCCUGGGACUUCUGGGCCGAUUCCAGUUAGCCCCGUUGCGAGGGGAAGGGGAAAAGGAAGACCACCGCCGUCCCCGAACUGUCGGUUCUGAAGCCGAACGAUUAGUAUCAUGCAUGUAUCACUAGCCGAAGCCCUGGAGGUGCGUGGAGGACCCCUGCAAGAAGAAGAGAUAUGGGCUGUGUUGAAUCAGAGUGCCGAAAGCCUCCAAGAGUUGUUCCGGAAAGCGGAUCCGACUGCUUUGGGCUUCAUCAUUUCCCCAUGGUCUCUUUUGCUGCUUCCAUCUGGCAGCAUAUCAUUUACAGAUGACACUGUGUCUAACCAAGACCUGCGAGCUUUCACAGCACCAGAGGUUCUCCAGAAUCAAUCACUGUCAUCUCUUUCAGAUGUUGAAAAGAUCCAUGUUUAUUCUCUUGGAAUGACCCUUUAUUGGGGAGCUGAUUAUGAUGUUCCACAAAGCCAACCCAUCAGGCUUGGUGAUCAUUUAAACAGCAUACUGCUUGGAAUGUGCGAAGAUGUCGUUUAUGCCCGUGUGUCUGUACGGACGGUUCUGGAUGCCUGCAGUGCUCACAUUCGGAAUAGCAGCUGUUCACCGUCUUUCUCCUACGUGAAACAGUUGGUGAAACUCGUUCUGGGGAGCUUGUCUGGGGUAGAUCAGCUUUCCUGCAUCGGGGACAAAAAGUUUCAGACUGACAGGAGCCAGGCCAUCCGCGAAAGGCUGAGAGGGAAGGGACUUCCCACAGGGAGAAGUUUAAUGGCUGAUGCUCCAGAUGUUCACAAGCCUCCGUUCUCUCAACAGAUCAUGCUUAACAAAGGGCUUAGUAAGUCUCUGGGUUUCUUGUCUGUCAGAGCUUUGCAAGGUGAAGAGGCAUUUGGCCAGGGCAUUUCCUCCCAUUAUAACGCUGGCCACGACGAUGACACAGAUUCUUGCUGUCCUUACCAAUAUAGAGUUGCUCAGGUGGAAAAGAAAGCCAACAAUGGCCCCAAACGGAAAGUCUGGGCUUCUUCGUCAGAUUUGCUAUGUGCAGAUGAGAAAGCCAUGGAAAAAUACUAUGUUGGGGAUUCCCGCCAGCACCACCAACAUGCGGGGACAGUUUCAGGACGGAUUUCAGCAGCUGCCAGAAGCAAGGAGGGCAGAUAUUCUGAUGGGAGCAUAGCCCUUGAUAUAUUUGGUCCUCAAAAACUAGAUCAGGUGUGCCAUGGGCCGGAGACAUCAACCUCUGUGGCCUUGUCGAGUGCCUUUGACAGGAUCAAAGAAAGGCAGAGGAAGCUGCAGUUACUGAGGGAAGCUAUGAAUGUUGAAGAACAUACACGAAGAUAUAAAUCUUAUCAUAGUGAUAUAUACAGCACAGACAGUGAAUGCCCAUCAUUUGUUUCUUCUGAGGCAGAUUUCAGACAAGCAAGAAGAUUUGAAGCUCUAAGGGAUGGCUCCACCAGUCCUUCCCCAGCAACAGAUGAUCCUUCUCUAUCAGGUCGACUCCAGGGGCAAAGAUCAAGACAAUAUGAAGCACCACUCGAAAGCAAUCUUUUAAGUCAAGAAGUCAUGCUAAAACGCCAAGAAGAGGAAAUGAUGCAGCUGCAGGCGAAAAUAGCACUCCAGCAAUCACGACUGAGCCUCUAUCCUGGAGAAACAGUGAGACCCUCGAUGCUUGAUAUGACGAGGGAUCCUCUGAGAGAAAUCGCACUGGAAACAGCCAUGACCCAAAGGAAACUAAGGAAUUUCUUUGGUCCUGAGUUUGUGAAAACAACCAUUGAGCCCUUCACCUCCUUGGACCUGCCAAAGUCAAUUUUGAACAAAAAGGGGAAGAAUGAAGACAGUCGUCGGAAAGUAAACGUCAUGCUUCUAAGUGGGCAGAGGCUGGAGCUGACCUGCGACACAAAGACUGUAUGCAAAGAUGUGUUUGAUAUGGUGGUGGCCCAUAUUGGCUUAGUGGAACAUCACCUGUUUGGCUUGGCUACUUUAAAAGAUAAUGAAUUUUUCUUCAUCGAUCCAGAGCUAAAACUGACUAAAAUAGCCCCUGAAGGCUGGAAGGAAGAACCAAAGAAAAAGAGUAAAAGCUCAAUAAAUUUCACCUUGUUUUUCCGCGUUAAGUUCUUUGUGGAUGAUAUUAGCUUUUUGCAGCAUACUCUGACUUGUCAUCAGUACUACCUGCAGAUAAGGAAAGAUCUUUUGGAGGAGAGGAUGCACUGUGAUGACGAGACAGCCUUAUUGUUAGCUUCCUUAGCUCUGCAAGCAGAAUAUGGAGAUUACCAAGCAGAAGUGCAUGGGUUGUCAUAUUUCAGAACAGAACACUAUUUGCCAGCGAGGGUGAUGGAAAACCUGGACCUAUCUAACAUCAAAGAAGAAUUGCCAAAACUGCAUAGCACUUACGCUGGUGCUUCUGAAAAAGAGGCUGAAUUGGAGUUCCUUAAGAUUUGCCAAAGGCUGACAGAAUAUGGUGUUCAUUUUCAUCGUGUGCUGCCAGAGAAAAAAUCUCAAACUGGAAUUUUGCUCGGAGUUUGUCCCAAAGGAGUUCUCAUUUUUGAGGUUCACAAUGGAUCCCGGACACUCGUGCUUCGUUUCCCAUGGAGAGAAACAAAGAAGAUAUCUUUUAGUAAAAGGAAGAUAACUUUGCAGAACACAUCUGAUGGUAUAAAACAUGCAUUCCAAACAGAAACAAGCAAGACUUGCCAGUACUUGCUUCAGCUCUGCUCUUCACAGCAUAAAUUCCAACUGCAGAUGAGAGCCAGACAAAGUAACCAGGAUGCUCAGGAAAUGGAAAGAGCAUCCUUCCGGAGCCUCAACCUCCACACCGAUUCUGUCAAAGGGUUUAACAUGGGUCGUGCCAUCAGCACCGGCAGCCUGGCUAGCAGCACCCUGAACCGGCUUGCCGUCCGCCCAUUGUCAGUGCAAGCUGAGAUCCUCAAGAGACUCUCUCACUCGGAGCUGUCCCUCUUCCAGCCAGUGCAGGGCUGUCCCAGAGAUAAAAGUGAGAAGCCUCCAUGGGAAGAAAGACCCCAUAUGAUGAGCAAAUCUUAUCAUGAUCUGACCCAGAAUCAAGUGUCCGUCAGCCCAUUCCGGAAGAACACUGUCAGCCCUGUGGACUCCUCCCGGAGAAUGGAGGAAUUGAUGGGGAAGAUCUUCCAGCAGGUGCCGAAAUCUGAUACCGAAUUAGUGACAGGAGGAACAAAACUGAACAAUUCAUACUCUCAUGCAGGUUUAAGUGCCAGCCUAGAAAGAAGGAAAAAUGAAUCUGAUACUUCAUCAGCUGAAGAUACUGGCCAAGCCUAUGUUGUAGAUGUUCUCCAAACAAAGCAGAAUACAGGGUCAUUGCCGGAAAGAGAAAUCAAUUUGGUAAAGCUGAAGAAAGAUGAAAAGUAUGGCUUAGGGUUUCAGAUCACCGGUGGUGAGAAGGCUGGAAAACUUGAUCUUGGCAUUUUUAUUCUUUCAAUAACUCCUGGAGGACCUGCUGACUUGGAGGGGACGUUAAAACCAGGAGACCGACUGAUAUCAGUGAACAGCGUAAGCCUAGAAGGGGUCAGCCACCACACUGCAUUAGAAAUUAUUGAGCAUGCUCCAGAAGAUGUGACUCUUGUAAUCUCACAGCCCAAGGAAGGAUCUACAAAAGCAUCAUCCAGCUUCCUCAGCGGCAUUAAGGGCUAUUUAAAAAGGCCUUCACCGAUGCCAGACAAUGAAGCAGAGUCAUCUUCAGAAGAACACAGCAGGCCACUAAACCAGCCGAGGUCCCCUUCUGGGAGCUUAACUGGCCUUUGUUCGGGUAAACGGGAUGGAAGCCUGAGUUCCCAAGAUUCUCGGACUGAGAGCGCCAGCCUUUCGCAGAGCCACCCAAACGGUGGCUUUGGCAGCCAUGUCAGUGGCCAGGCCACGCAGGAAUUUCCACUUCACCAUGAGUCUCAGUUUGCCUUUUCUAAAUGUGGCGAGCAAAACGGAUCCUCUCUGGAUAGAAAUGCGACAAAGCCCAAAAAGCCUGAAGCAGUAGAGACGAUCGAGUAUUCCGACCGGGGGGACUCGGACAUGGAUGAAGCCACCUACUCUGGAAGCCAAGAGCAAAUGGCAACAAAAAAGGAGUCUUCCUUCGUGAAUUUGGCCAACUCAAUGAAUUCUAAAAAGUUUUCUACGCCGCCUCUUAAACCUGGAGAUAUCUUUGAGGUCGAACUGGUCAAAAAUGAUAACGGCCUGGGAAUAAGUGUCACGGUACUGUUUGACAAGGGUGGUGUGAACACUAACGUGAGGCAUGGGGGACUUUACGUCAAGGCCAUUAUUCCAAAGGGAGCAGCCGAAGCUGAUGGCAGGAUUCAAAAAGGUGACCGUGUACUUUCUGUGAAUGGGGUUACUCUGGAAGGAGCUACCCAUAAACAAGCGGUGGAAAUCCUAAGAAAUACUGGCCAGGAAGUUCACCUGGUGUUAGAAAAGGGUCAGCUUCCCACAGCGCGAAUGCAUGCUCCAGUUACACCACAGUGCACAGCUGUAAGUCAAGCUAGUCCCCGUGGAGGCCCAGAGAAACCUGUGAAGAAAACCUCAAGUACCAGAGAAUACAACUUCGUCACGGAUGACAACACAUUUGAGGUGAAGCUGGUGAAAAACAGUUCAGGCUUAGGUUUCAGUUUUUGCCGGGAAGACAGUGUCUCCCCAGAGCAGCCCGGUGCCAGCAUAGUCAGGGUUAAAAAGCUUUUCCCUGGGCAACCUGCUGCAGAAAGCGGGCAGAUUGAAGUCGGUGACAUCAUCCUAAAAGUCAACGGUUCGUCUUUAAAAGGAUUGUCCCAACAGGAAGUGAUUUCUGCUCUCAGGGGAACAUCACCUGAAGUCACCCUUCUCCUCUGCAGGCCUCUCCCUGGAAUCCUGCCAGAAAUCGAUCCUUCUUUGUUGACCCCUAUCCACUCCCCACCACAAGUUUUCCCUGACUUCAGCAAAGGACACCCUCAGCCGACCAAUGGAGAGCCAGACGAUGACAGCUCUGAUGAAAACGAAGGGACCGACGUGAGCAAGAAACUGAUCAAAUCCCCGUCUCGCAGAGAUAGCUACAGUGACAGCAGUGGGAGUGGAGGGGAGGAGCUUGCUUCAAAUGAAGCCCAGAUAGCAAGUAUGGGGUGGAGUCCUGCCUUGUACCAAAGCCUCAACAGAUCGGCAGCUCAAGCAUGUAGUCCUUAUGAAACACCCUGCGACCAAGAGGAAGAUCUUCGUACAAUAUAUCGCCCUUCUCAUGAAUCAUCUAAGAAAACAGAAACAGAAGACAGUAUCUCUCCGUCUCCUCAACUAAUGGACUUGCCACCAAUACCAAGCUGUAGAACUGCCGUCCCUGCCUCAACAGAGGAGAAACACAGCUGUUCUGUUCUCGAGCUCACAGCACCACAAGGAAGCCUGACGUCACUUUUCAACCAGCUUGAAAAACAUGUGGAUGAAUAUGAACCAGAGGUAGAGCUCCAUGUUGUCCUGACAAAAUCAGAAAAGGGUAGCCUUGGUUUCACCGUGACAAAAGGCAAUGACAACGUGGGCUGUUACAUCCAUGACGUCAUUCAAGAUCCAGCCAAAAGUGAUGGGAGAUUGCGUCCUGGAGAUCGUCUGAUCAAGGUUAAUGACACAGAUGUCACUAACAUGAGCCACACGGAUGCGGUCAGUUUCCUCCGCGCAGCCCCAAAGACAGUCAGAUUGGUGCUUGGACGUGUUCUGGAGUUACCCAAAAUACCCAUGAUGCCACACCUACUGCCUGACAUUAAUCUAAUCUGCCAUCAAGAACAGCAACUGGGCAUCUCCCUUGCAGGUGGUCAUGACAGCCUUUAUCAGGUGGUGUACAUCAGUGAUAUCAGUCCCAAAUCUGCGGCAGCCAUGGAGGGGACACUCCGUCCUUUGGACAUCAUCCAUUACAUCAAUGGGGUCAGCACUCAGGGGUUGACUUUGAAGGAAGCAAAGAGGACUCUGGAGAUGUCCCUCCCGACAGUCAUACUGAAAGGAACGAGAGAUGGUCAUCCAGUGUUCCCGAAGGCUAAAGAUCCAGAUAGCUGUACUCUGGGGUUGAUCAAACAUAAUGGCCAUUUUCAUGGAGAACUGUAUGGCAAAACAGAAAUAGGGCAGGAUGCUUGCAUGGCCAAGGUGAAUGGUGAAACAAACGACAACCAUCAAUCAAAAGGACCAGCACAGAUCACUGUAUCUAAGGAGAUGUCUCUAAGUAAUUCUAAUAGCCAAACUUCCGAUUUUUCCAGCUAUAAUAACAACUUGGCAGAGAUACAAGAUGAAGAUUCUUAUGACGAGGAUGAUCACAAUGAAGUCAUUCGGUAUCUUCUGGAUGUGGUAGAUGAAGAAGCUCAGAAUUUAUUAAACCGUAGUAAUGCUGCAUCUGGGACCCACCUGCCAGCAAAUGGGAAACUUACUGAAGAGAAAUCAGAAGACACAGAUUGUGAUGGAUCGUCAUUGCCUGAAGAUUUUCCAGAGCCACCCCAGAUAAACGGCUGUGAAGAUCACUCUGAUGAUAAAAGGAUUUCUGAAAGAUUGCCACAUCAAUUUUCAAUGGAUCACGGAGAUGACGACGAAAUUACGUGGGGAAGUGACGAAUUGCCAAUUGAAUCACUAAACCAUCAGCAGCCUUUUAAAGAUUGCCCGUUAGUCACAAGUGAAGAAUUUGCUGCGUUUCCGGUCGUCCAAGUGCUUCCUUCAGGCAGAUACACCGGGUCUAAACUGAAGGCGACUAUACGGAUGCUUCGGGGCCUAUUGGAGCAAGGAAUUCCUUCUAAAGAAAUUGAGAAUCUUCAUGACUUAAAGCCUUUGGAUCAGUGUUUGGUGGGUCAAACAAAAGAAAACCGGAAGAAGAAUAGAUAUAAAAAUAUACUGCCCUAUGACACCACAAGGGUGCCUCUGGGGACCGAAGGUGGUUACAUCAAUGCCAGCUUUAUCCGGAUGCCAGUGGGGAGUAAGGAAUACGUUUAUAUUGCAUGUCAAGGGCCCCUCCCAACUACUGUGGCAGACUUCUGGCAAAUGGCUUGGGAACAAAACUGCACUGUCAUAGCCAUGAUGACCCAGGAAGUAGAAGGAGAAAAGGUCAAAUGUCAGCGGUACUGGCCCGAUGCUCUUGGCAAAACCACAAUGGUCACGGAGAGACUCCGGUUGUCUUUUGAGAGGCUGCAGCAGCUCAAAGGGUUUGUCAUCAGAAUCCUGGAGCUGGAAGAUAUUCAGACAGGUGAACUCCGGCAUAUUUCCCACCUAAACUUUACUGCCUGGCCUGACCACGACACACCCUCCCAGCCAGAUGAUUUGCUCACUUUUAUAUCCUACAUGAGGCACAUCCACAAAUCAGGACCGAUCAUUACUCAUUGCAGUGCAGGCAUUGGACGAUCAGGGACACUCAUUUGCAUAGAUGUGGUUUUGGGACUGAUCCGCCAAGAUCUUGAGUUUGACAUCUCGGACGUGGUUCGCACAAUGCGCCUGCAGAGGCACGGCAUGGUGCAAACUGAGGACCAAUACAUCUUCUGCUAUCAAGUUAUCCUGUACGUCUUAAAACGUCUACAAGCAGAAGAACAGCAAAGAAACAACUGAACUCUUAAAGCUGGAUAUGCAUUAAGAGAAAGAAAUGGGAAAAGACUUUCUUGAAUAAUUUCGGCAUAUUUACACUACAGAAUUUAAACUGGCGUAACCAUUCAUGUUGUUUCCUUCAAGGACUGGUUCUAUAAUACAAAGCGUAAACAAAAUAUUGUUAGAAACCUCAUCUAACUACAAUUCCCAGGUUUCUUUGUGGGAAGCCGUGACACAUUUGCUCAGAUAAACCAAUCUGAAGUGUAUAGUGUAGGUCUGACCUUAGGUUAUUCUGCUGAUACAAUGCCAUUUCCUAUGUCUGUUAAAUAUCAGGUACAGCUGUAUUACCGCCCCUACCCCCAAAAGGCCGGGGUUCUUAUUUACCAUUUGUAUUUAAUAAUGCUGCAUUCUUGUAGCCUUUUCAAGAUAUGUUACCCAUCUGGCCUUCUAAAAACACCUCUAUUUUUUUUAAGUAUUAAUGCUUCCUACAGAUCCCACACACACCUCCAUGGCUAUAUUGUAGUAUAUUUCUGAUACUAGGGGUGGGGUGGGAAAUGGAGAACAGUAUUUUAUCCCGGUGAACUUUCUUACAGGUAAAUUUUUAUUAGUCUAUUUUUACAGUUUGUUUAUAGCACAGCUGUAAUUUUUCCAACAUUUUUAAUACAAUAGAACUUUUUAUAGAAAAUACUUGAAAUCAGUAUUUAAGCUUUACAGAACAUCAUAUUAGUGUAAGGAAAAUAGCAAAUGUUUACUGUAUCACAAGUUACAAUGUUUACUUUAUAUAGAGUUUUGUGUAUAUAUUUAUGUACUUUUACCAAAAACAAAUGUUGAAUUAUAACUUGCCUUAAGCUUUUAACUGCUGAGGCAUCUCCACAAUGUAAAUAAAACGACACUUUUAAAAUAUGAAGUGCAGCA